AUGGCGCCGCUCCCUCUCCCGCUCCCGCUUCCCGCCACUCGCCACCCUCCCAAACCGCACGAGUCCCCGAGGGGACCCGCCCCCGCCUCGCUCCACGCCGCGCUCGCCGCGCUCUCCCAGCAGUGCGGCGCAGGAGGAGGAGGAGGCGCCCUCCGCGACGCCUUCGCGCUCGUCUCCCGCGCCGAGCACGACACGUGCGCCGCCGCCGCUGCGGUCGGGCCGGAGGUGUACGCGUCCCUCCUGCAGUGCUGCGUCGCCGCGGGGUGCCUCCGCGCGGGGCGCCAGGUGCACGCCGCCGCCGUCAAGCGCGGGCCGUACUACUGCCGCCACGCGUACAUCGGGACCAAGCUCGCGGUGUUCUACGCCCGGUGCGGCGCCCUCGACGACGCCGAGCGCGUGUUCGACGCGCUGCCGGUCAAGAACGCCUUCGCGUGGGCCGCCGUCAUCGGGCUAUGGAGCCGCGCCGGGCUGCACGGCAAGGCCCUCGCCGGGUACACCGCCAUGCUCGAGGCGGGCGUUUCGGUGGACAACUUCGUGGUGCCCAACGUGCUCAAGGCGUGCGCGGGGCUCGGGCUGCUUGGAGCCGGGAGGGCGGUGCAUGGGUACGCGUGGAAGGCAGGGGUCGGGGAUUGCGUGUACGUGAUGAGCAGCCUGGUGGACUUCUACGGGAAGUGCGGCGAGGUGGAGUACGCGAGGGAGGUGUUCGACGCAAUGCCGGAGAGGACAGUGGUGAGCUGGAACUCAAUGUUGAUGGGGUAUAUACACAAUGGGAGGAUUGAUGAGGCUGCUGAUUUGUUCUAUGAUAUGAGGGUUGAGGGCGUGCUGCCAACGAGGGUGAGUGUUCUGAGCUUUCUAUCUGCGUCCGCGGAUCUUGAGGCUCUUGAUGGGGGAAGGCAGGGACAUGCUGUGGCAGUGUCAAGCGGCCUGGAGAUCGAUUUGAUUCUGGGCAGUUCGAUGAUCAACUUUUACUGUAAGGUUGGGUUGGUGGAGGCUGCAGAAGUGAUAUUUGAUCAGAUGGUUGAAAGAGACGUUGUCACCUGGAAUCUGAUGAUUUCAGGGUAUUUGCAGGAUGGGCAGAUUGACAAAGCCUUUAGCACAUGCCAUAAAAUGCUGGAGAGUGGCCUGAAGUUUGAUUGCGUGACAUUAGCAUCCAUUAUCAUGGCUUGCGUGAAAUCUUACAGAAUAGAGCUGGGCGGAGCUGCUCAUGCUUAUGCAGUCAGAAACAAUCUUGAAUCAGAUAAAACAGUUUCUUGUGGGCUGAUUGAAUUGUAUGCAAGUAGUGGGCGAAUUGAGCAUGCACGCGGAGUAUUUGAUUCCAUUAGAUGGAGAGAUAUAGUCGCCUGGAAAGCGAUGAUUUGUGCUUAUGCAGACCAUGGAAUGGGCUCUGAGGCUCUGAAGCUUUUAUAUCAAAUGCAGCUUGAAGGCACAUCUCCAACUGCAGCAUGCUGGGAUUCUGUAAUUUCUGCUUUUAUUCAAAAUGGGCAGUUUGAUGAUGCCCUAAAAACCUUCAAUGAGAUGCUUCUAACAAGCACACGCCCCAAUCUACGCACCUGGAGUCUGUUAAUAAGUGGCUUGUCUCGAAAUGGUAUGCAUACUGAGGUAAUGAAUCUAUGUUGCAAGAUGCAAGAAGUAGAGCAAGCACCUAGUCCAACAAUUUUUUCUGCAGCACUUCUUGCUGUUAAAGCUGCAGCUUCAGUACAUUAUGGAAAGGCAAUGCACGCAUGCAUAAUUAAAAAGGGCCUAUUAUUGUCAAAAUCCGUGAUGCAGUCGCUGCUAAACAUGUAUGGUGGUUUCAAUGAUAGAGGUACGGUAGACAGUUUGCUGAGAUUUCUUGCUGCUGCACAGUAAAUAAUUCAGGGUGUCAACACUAUGGUGUCAGUAAAUUGGGACAUACAGGUUUACAGGUUACAGUUGUACAUAAAUACAUGUAGUUUGCACAUAUGAAUUCGUAUUGAUAAU